AGCAACGCGCCGGCCUCAAGCUAAAAAGCCGGUUGCUGCGGGAGCGAGGAAGAAAGGGAGGGAGCCUAACACGGAAGUGGUGGCAGCGUCGGGGAAGCUGGUGGAGGCGGUCUGAGACGGGAACCCUGCGCCGCGGGGUGAGGGCAUCCUGAAAGACAUCCGCCUCGUGGGAACUACCUGAAGCGCGUGAAUGGCUGGGCCUCCCUUCUCAGCGAAAACCCAGAGCGAUAGCGACGGUGAUGGCGGCAGUUACUCCGACAGCCCCAGUUAAAAUGCGCUCUGGGAGAUACAUCCAGAAAGUGCCCAGAAGAAACUUCCUGCUAGAAAAAUUCAGAAAGCAGUAUUUGUAACACUGGAAUUUGUGGAUAACUUGUUAAAAUGGCAGAAAAUAGUGAAAAUAAUAGUAAAAAUGUAGAUGUAAGACCCAAAACUAGUCGGAGUAGAAGUGCUGAUAGAAAGGAUGGUUACGUGUGGAGUGGAAAAAAGUUAUCUUGGUCCAAAAAGAGUGAAAGUUGUUCAGAUGCUGAAACGGUGAAUGCUGUAGAGACAGCUGAAGUUCCUUUAAGGAGCCAAGAAAGAAAACACAGCUGUUCAUCCAUCGAGUUGGAUUUAGAUCAUUCCUGUGGGCAUAGAUUUUUAGGCCGAUCUCUUAAACAGAAACUACAAGAUGCUGUGGGGCAAUGUUUUCCAAUAAAGAAUUGUAGUAGUCGACAUUCUUCAGGGCUUCCAUCUAAAAGAAAAAUUCAUAUCAGUGAACUCAUGUUAGAUAAGUGUCCUUUCCCACCUCGAUCCGAUUUAGCCUUUAGGUGGCAUUUUAUUAAACGACACACUGCUCCUAUAAAUCCCAAUUCAGAUGAAUGGGUAAGCACAGACUUAUCUCAGAGUGACUUAAGGGAUGGCCAACUAAAACAAAGAAGAAAUGUGGAAGAAGAAAUAAACUGUUUCUCACACACCAAUGUUCAACCCUGUGUCAUAACCACCAACACUACUCUGUGUAGGGGUAGUCCUAUGACUGGCUCUGUGAUGAACCUGGUUUCAAAUAACAGUGUAGAAGAUAGUGAUAUGGAUUCAGAUGAUGAAAUUAUAACACUCUGCACAAGUUCCAGGAAGAGAAACAAACCCAAAUGGGAAAUGGAUGAAGAAAUCCUGCAAUUGGAAACACCACCUAAAUACCAUACCCAGAUUGAUUAUGUCCACCGUCUUGUACCAGACCUCCUGCAGAUCAAUAACAAUCCAUGUUACUGGGGAGUUAUGGAUAAAUAUGCAGCUGAAGCUCUACUAGAAGGAAAGCCAGAGGGUACGUUUUUACUUCGAGACUCUGCACAGGAAGACUAUUUAUUCUCUGUUAGUUUUAGACGUUAUAGUCGUUCUCUUCAUGCUAGAAUUGAGCAGUGGAAUCACAACUUUAGCUUUGAUGCACAUGAUCCUUGUGUCUUCCAUUCUCCUGACAUUACUGGGCUCCUGGAACAUUAUAAGGACCCAAGUGCCUGUAUGUUCUUCGAGCCACUUUUAUCCACUCCUUUAAUUCGGACUUUCCCCUUUUCCCUGCAGCAUAUAUGCAGAACAGUGAUUUGUAACUGUACAACUUAUGAUGGCAUUGAUGCCCUUCCAAUUCCUUCUUCUAUGAAAUUAUACCUGAAGGAAUAUCACUAUAAAUCAAAAGUAAGAGUACUCAGGAUUGAUGCACCAGAUCAAUGCUAAGAAAGAGGUAGGAACAUUGGAAUAUAUAUAUAUAUAUAUAUAUAUAUAUAUAUAUAUACACACACACACACACGCAUAUUUUCAUUUAACAUUUUAUUUUUCUUAAUGCCACUUUGAAUUUUUCUACAAGGGCAGUUGAAGUCCAAAAUAAACUUCUGCCCUGAAUUUUCCUUCCAAAUCAGUUUAUUUUUCUCAUGCUACACUGAUUAUACAAGGUUGUACUUACUAAGGGUAUACAGAUAUUUCUGACCAGGUGUUUGGAUUUUGUUUUUAUAAUGUAGAUUGUAUUCUUAAUUUUUUUCCUUAAUGGUAAUAUGCAGUGAUCCAAGGAUAUUUGAAACUUGGUAUGCAUUGCAAGCACAGUUGAAUAAUCUGUAUUUCAAACUUUUAUUUCAAAUUAAUCCUGUUUCUUUUCCAACAUGUAAAAUGCUCUGUUGUUAAUCUAUCCAUUAGCAUUUCUAUACAUAAAAUAUAAUUUUCCCAUCCCUCUCUUCAGAGUUGUUUUAAAAUUCUUCAGUAAAGCUAAGUGUUUUGUAAUUCACAAUUGUACUUAAUGUAAUUGACCUUUAUAAUUUACUAAUAAGGAUCUUAAAAAGGUAACAAAAUGUCUUAAAAUCAGACUUGAUGGGUUUUUGUUUUAAAUAUUAACUAUAGAGCAGGAUUACUAAAUUGGAUCUGGUCAAUAAGAAUCAAAUGAAAACACGACAUUUUGCAGAAAUUACCUUUUCUAUAAUGUGGCAGGGUCACUUGUUAUUUUUCUUGAGUAGAUGUGUGUCUCAACCUGGAAGUUAGCACCUUCAGAACAUAAAUAUUGUUCCUUUCCUACUUGAAGCUUCAAAAAUAAUAACUCUGUGAGUGACUAGUAGUUACUAAUGUACUAAAGCAACUGUGAGUUUUUUCUGUAUUUACUUAUGAACUGUUGCUUCUGCUUAGUCCUUUUAUAGAAACUCUGUGCCUCUUCCUUUGGGGAGAUGCCACAGUUUUCCAUAAAGUACCUAAGUAGUAUUUCAGUAUUUUAAGUUGAGUAACGAUUCAAGAAAGAAACAUGGAUUUCAAUAUUUAGGAAGCUUAGUAUGAUUUUUAUCUUCAAGUUUCAAAUAAUUAUUCCUAAUCUUCAGAAUUAACAUGUCUUCAUCGUGACUUCAAAGAAGGAAAAUAUUUUGAGAGUUUCAUGGCUUAUACCAAACGGAACAGCACUGGGCACCAGGGUAAUAUUUUAAAUUUACUAUCCCAACAACAGGGAAGCAUUUUUAGAAACAUCAUUAGCCCAAUAUAAUAAAGAUUAAUGGAGUGAUAUCCAACUCCUCUUUUUUUAAAGAAUCGAUAAUAAAUUCCCUGGACAGUUGUUUCUUCUGGUGAGCUGUCUACCCCCUUUGUACUAAUUGGCAUUUUUAAUAUCAUAGUCAUUGAUUUUUUGAUGCUAAUUUAGCUCUUGUAGUAAACUGCUUCUACCUGGAAGAAAUUUGCCUCAAAUUUCCAAAUUAGAUGUUUCUUGAGUAUCGUUGCUUUUAUGUUGAAGUGUUAUUUCCCAUUCCUGCACUUCUGGAGUUAACAAAGAUGGCUCUUUUCAAUAAUAACUUUAAAAUAAGUUGUUCACGAUCACAAAAUUGAAACAAGGAAGUCUCUGUUACUAUUAUUGUUUUGCUUUUUUUUUGUUUCUCAGUGAUCUCAAGACUGUCUUGACUCCAGUGAGAGGUAGCUACUAAAAUGGCACAUCUCAUCAGUAAUGAGGUUCAAUAUAACACCACUGUCAGGAUAAAUAUAUCCUCUAAAUAUGAGAUUUCCCUUUUAUAAAAGUAGAAAAGUCUCAUACUACCUCAUCUUUAUUCCGACAAUUUUGUAGAUCACUGAGAAGUUUAUCUCACUUAACAACAUAAUACUUCCUAAAUAUCCAUCUUUGGUGUAAGAAAAUUAGUAUUAUGGUAAGAUUACCCCUAAUUAUAGUUUUUUAUCAGAUUUUGAUAAUAAGACUUUCUGUUUCUGUGAAACAUUAUUUUAAAUAUUUUUUCUUUUAAAAAUAACUUUUUAUUAGUACAGGAAAACCUAAGGGAUGACUAACUUAUGAAUAUUCUGUUAAAAAGUAAUUUUAUAAAGAAAAAUGAAAUAUAAUUGUGUUGUCUUUUAUAAUGGUAAAAAUUAGUGUUUAUAUGACAAUCAAGAUCUAAGUAGCUUUUCAUAUAUACAGACUAGUUGCUUAUGAUAUAUUUUCUGUGGCUUUCUUAUUUUUUCAACUUCAACUUCAAGGUAUUAAAUAACAUUUGCAAAAUACUGCCAUACACAGCCUUGAAGUGGAAGAUCUAAUAAAUGAGUAAGGAGGAGAUUCAUUUACUCUGAAAUGGUUUGUAUUUUUCCUUUGGUAUUUGCUACAGUGAAAAGAAAUCUGGAAUGUAGAAAUAUAAAGACUUGAGAAAGGGAAUUGUUUACAGUGAAGGAAAAAGAAGAGUUAAAAAUCCUUUAAAGCUAUUAUGGAAUUGGAUUUAGAAAGGCUAACCCCCUUUCUCAGUGUCUGAGAACACAUUUGGAAGACCACUCAGUAUUGAAAAACUAACUCAUUAAAAAAGUAUUUAUUGGAAUAUAUAAGUAAAUGGGUGUGUUUUGAGAGGAACAAUGUGGGAAGUUAUAAAUAUAUAAAUUGUCUAAGUUUGACAUUGUGAAUAUUUGAAAUAUAAAUUCCAGAGUUGAGAAGGCAUUCAGCAUGGUGAAAAUGUGUAGAGCUUAUUGGUAAGAGAGGAUGGGCUAAAAGAAACAAGAUAAAAUAUUAAAAUUAAGAAUUUAGGCAUUACCUCAGGGAAAAGCCUUGACAAUGAAAGGGAACUGCUUAAUUGCUAAUAGCUAGUCUGGACCAGACACUUAACUGCGCUUUGGGAAUCAUCCUGCACUAAUCAGGAAAUAAACUUGACUUUUCUAUUGCUCUUUGAAGCUUUCAGGACAUACCUCCCUCUUUUUUUAUUUUUUUUUUUUAAGCUACCACAUCUUGAUUCCUACUAUAAUUUCUGAAAUAUGCUGAAUGGUUUUUUUUUUUAGGUUCCUUGAGCAUCUUUGUAUGAAGAAUCAAAUGUGAUCUUUCUAUAACCAUGCCAUUCACCUGAAUAAUUCAUAAAAGGAAUGGCUUAAUUUAAAGGAAGACCAAAUAGGAAGAAGAUUAAAGGAAGCUUUUAGUUGGGCUGUGACUAGAUUUAUUGAUUUGGUGAUCAGACCUGUGUGCUUUCCUGAAUUCCAGCUAAUGGCAAACUGUGGUUAAAGAAUGACUCAGUUAAAGUUUUGUCUUAUUAAUAUAUAUAAUAAAAAGAAUAUCUUGGUGAUUAGAAAUCCUUUAAACAGUAAGCAAAUGUGGCAAAUAGGACUUGUAUCAUUACACAAAUUCCAUUUCUUAUUGUAAGAAAAAAGCAAAUCAUUAUUUAUUCAUGAGCCGAAGCCAUUAAGAUAAAUCAAGUUAUUAGCUUCCUGUCUCUGUGAAGUUUGGAUCAUUUUAUAGAUCCACGUAAUAGAGAACUUCCUUCCUAUGAAACAAAAUCCUAGAGCGAGCUCUUUAUGCUUAGUUUUCAUUAGAAAUCUUUUGUCAUGUUUAACUAUAAUCAGAGUCAAAUAGGUUUUAUAUAUAUGUUGAUUUUGAUAGUAAAUUUCACAGGAAAGUAGACUUAAUUAUAAGACAUUCCUGAAUACAACAUAAGGAAAACAUGUUUAAAUGUAAACUGUUAGGUAACUUAAAAUGUCCAAAUGAAUAAAAUUUUAAGUCAAGCAGAUUAUUGUUUCAACUUUGGAAAAAAUCUUUACAUUUUUUGUUUUAACAGUUUUACUUUCAUUUUUCUAAAGAAUGAACAGAAAGCACAAAUGGUCUUUUUCUUUUUAAUGGCCUGCUGUAAAUGAACUACACUACAAGAGUCUACCUAAACUAUCCUAAUGUGUUAAGAUACUGGACACAAAAUGGAGGUAACUUUAAAAAUAAUAGAUUGACUUCUAAGUAGAAAUAUAGACUAAUGGAUAUAACCCAAUGGAAAGGGAUUUAGGGCACAUGAAUUCUAUUUCAAAUAAAGCCAAAGUAUUUUUAAUUUACUUUUUAAUUUUGAAUAAUUACUGAAUCCUAAACCUUUGUUUGCUUCAUUUCCUAAACAUGUAAAAUGUAGAUAAUAACUAUUACUGUUUGACUUUCUUAAGGUUAAUUCUUCAGUGAAGAAGUGACCCUUGGAGCAUACUUGAAAAUAAUUGCUGUACAACUGUUAAGCACUAAUGUGAUGAUAGAUUUUCAAACUAGCCCCUUAGUGAACUCUGCAGAUUCACAUUUACUUCCUUUAGCCUGUAAUAGGCCUUUUUUUUUUUUUUUUGGCUUAAUUUGACAUUAGAGAUAACUCUACAAUUUGAAUUUAUGGUUUAGAUUCUGCAAUUAGAUGGACAGUUGCAAUUUCCUACCCUUAAUAAGGUCUAUGUAAAAUUGAUGUUUGCUUAAGUUGUUUUAAAAGUUGAUUACAUUUGCAGGAAGUAAAGAUAAUGACUUUUGCCAUGGUUAUAAUCAAAUCUAAGCUUUCAGACUUGAGAGUGUAAAACUCAAGGAGGUUUACUUAAAUUAUGCUGACUUUGCUUGAAUUGGAUAAAUAAGCCAAGUAUGAAUUUGAUACAUAUUUGAAAACAGUUAAUUGUCAAUCAGGUUUGUAUGAUCCACUACUUAACCCAAAAAGAAGUAGACUGUUUCCUUUUUUAUUUCUAAUCCUGAAGUUAAAUGUUUCCUCUUGGAUGAGAGUUCAAAUAAAUUGUUCUGAAUAAAUUUUCAUUUCUUAAUUAAAUUUCUUAUAUAAAAUCCAAAGACUUUGCAUUUUGUUUUUAAAACAUACAUCAUUACCUUACACAUGUAAUUUACUCUGAAAAAUAUUUUUAUUAGAGCUGCAUUCUUACACAUUUUCUAACUUUAAAUACACUACUGUCAGUGUGGGUCUUCCAUAAACAGAUAACAAGAUAUGAUUAGAUGUCCAUGUGAUUUAUAAGGGGGAGGGAAGCAGAAUCUUCAUACCACAUUGUAGGUGUGACUUCUGUGAAAGAACUAGAAGGAAGGAUUGGGUAGGAUGCACUUCACAUGGCAGCACGUGUCUAAGUAAGAGCUAGAUCUGAAGUCAGUUCCCGCCUGUAGAAACCCACACGGGAGAGGAAUGAUUCAGCUCUUAAAAUUACCACCUUGCUCAGUUACCAGCUGAGAGGUGGCAGGGGAAUGUUGGAGACAGUCACACAAAAUCAAGACGAGUCAGUGGAGUGAAUCACUCGACCACAAUUUUUUUCAACUAAACGCUAAUGAACAUAAGUAAUCUUUUGGGGAAACAUUAAAAACUUAGAAUUAAUGCAAAAAAUACCUACUAGCAACAGAAUAU